AUGGCUUCCAUUAUCAACAUCCCACUCGUUAUGGGCCUCCUCUCAGUAGCACCCCACGCCGUAUGUGGCCAUCCCCUGGCAUCACUAGCCACCAGUUGCAACCGUUCAGCGCUGGUCGAGGCGGCCGAUGCCUACAUUGCUGCUCAAACGGUGGGUAACAUUAGCUUGCUGGACCAAGUCGUUGCUCGUGACUGGCAGUACAAGGAAAACAACAAAAAUCGCGACGCCAGGGGAGGCGUGUUGAGCAAGAGUCUUGGGACCGACCACCGGCGGACCAACUUCGACGUGGUCGCCUGCGCGACUUACAGCGAGGUCAUCGUCUCCGACCCAGCGAACCCCUAUGUCAUUGGUACUCAAAUCCGGCACGACCCGACCGAUGGCCUGAAACUUGAGUACGUCCUGCAGGAGAAUUGGGAUCCUAUCCCCGAGGGCAAGCGAGAUAGCCGAGACGUCAUCAAGGCCGCGGGCGACGCCCACCUCGACAUGUGGAGCAACGCGGCAGCAGCCGAUGCCGUCCCCUGGGGAAUGCCCUGCGCUCGACCGGAGGAAUCGGCGUACACGGGCAAGGGCAGGCCUGACGACUCGUGCAAGACCGGCAUCCCGUCCAACCACAGCCAGGCGCCCAACACGUGGCGCCGGUAUGUCAUUGAUGAGUCCAUGGGGUUGGUGAGCAUCUUCUGCGUGUGGAACCACAUGAUAAUGGCCGCCGAUAGCCAUGAGUCUCGGCUCGAGGGUGGACAGCUGAGAUAUAUACAUACCAUGCCCGGGUGUGGUGGACAGAGAUGCUCUCUGUAA